AUGUCGUACAUUACCAAUCCUGCCAUUAUUAUGGAUAAUGGUACUGGUUUAACCAAGCUGGGAUUUGCAGGAAACGACAUUCCCUCAUGGGUUUUCCCAACAGCAAUUGCCACUGCGCAGCAUUCAAAAGCCGGCUCUAAUCCUACAGGUGGGAAUUCUCAGUCUCAGGUGGGAAUUAGCGCUGGUGCACAGUCAGCAUACUUUGGAAAUGCGACCUCUACAACCGCUUUUAGUAACUUAGCCUCUACUACGUUAUUGUCCAAUAACUUGUCUGGAAAGAGGGGAACCGAGGAUUUAGACUUCUUUAUCGGGAAUGAGGCUCUUGCAGCAGCUCAGGGUCCUUCAUAUUCUUUAAGUUAUCCAGUUAAGCAUGGUCAGGUCGAGAAUUGGAGCCAUAUGGAAAGAUUUUGGGAGAACUCGAUAUUCAAAUACUUGAGAGCAGAACCUGAGGACCACUACUUCUUGUUAACAGAACCACCACUUAAUCCCCCUGAGAACAGGGAACAAGUUGCUGAAAUUUUCUUUGAGUCUUUUAACUGUGCAGGUUUGUACAUUGCAGUACAGGCAGUUCUUGCACUAGCUGCAUCUUGGACUUCGUCUAAGGUCACCGAUCGGUCGCUAACAGGUACGGUGAUUGAUUCUGGUGAUGGUGUCACUCACGUUAUUCCCGUUGCUGAAGGUUAUGUGGUUGGUUCUGCUAUAAAAAACAUUCCUAUCGCAGGUAGAGAUAUCACGUUGUUUAUUCAAUCAUUAUUAAGAGAGCGUGGUGAGGCUGACACAUCGCUAAGAACUGCAGAACGUAUAAAACAAGAAUACUGCUAUGUAUGUCCUGAUAUGGUUAAAGAAUUUAACAAGUUUGACAGAGACGCGGAUAAAUUUGCUAAACUAAUAGUGGAGAACCAGGAAAACACUCAAAGAAAAAUUGUUGAUAUUGGUUAUGAACGUUUCUUGGCUCCGGAGAUAUUCUUCAACCCAGAAAUUGCGUCAUCCGACUUCCUCACUCCGCUUCCUACAAUCGUUGACCAGACGAUUCAAGCAUGCCCAAUCGACGUCCGUAAAGGUCUUUACAAUAACAUUGUUCUAUCUGGAGGCUCUACAAUGUUUAAAGACUUUGGUCGUCGUUUGCAAAGGGAUUUGAGAUCCAUUGUUAAUAAUAGAAUUGCACAGAGCGAAUUGCUAAGUGGUACAAAAUCAACAGGUGUCGAUGUGCAAGUUAUUUCCCAUAGAAGACAAAGAAAUGCCGUCUGGUUUGGAGGAUCUUUACUUGCACAAACUGCCGAGUUCAAGAGUCACUGCCACAAUAAGAGAGAUUACGAAGAAUACGGCCCGGCGAUCGUUAGGAACUUCAGCCUGUUCAACAUGGUAUAG